AUGCCUGUAACCCAAUUCGCUGUGACCGACACGUACGAAUAUCUGAAUGGGUUCGGGGGGUACAAAGAGAGUGAAGCCAUUCCAGGUACGCUGCCUCUGGCGGCGAACUCUCCUCAAAAAUGCCCGUACGGCCUGUACAAUGAGAAGUUGUCGGGCACGGCGUUCACUGCACCUCGAGACGAAAACCAGCAGACAUGGCUGUAUAGAAUACUUCCAUCUGCGAGCCAUCAGAACUUCCAGCCGGUACCGGCUUCCUCGUCGCAGUCUCUGAUCUCCCCCACUCCCAGUUUCGGCACUCAUUUCAACGCGAUUCCCAAUCAACUGCGGUGGGACCCCUUCGAUUUCGACAACGAAGUGUCGUGGAUCCAUUCACUGCACCUGGUGGCUGGUGCAGGCGAUCCCACUAUGAAACAAGGCUUGGGGAUCUACAUCUAUGCCUGCGGCAGCAGCAUGCCAGAGAAGACGGCCUUCUACAGCGCCGACGGAGAUUUCUUGAUUGUUCCACAACAUGGGACGCUCGACAUCCGAACCGAAUUUGGCAAGAUGCUGGUGCGGCCGAAUGAAAUCUGCGUCAUUCCGCGGGGAAUUCGAUACCACGUUACAUUGCAUAACAACGAGCCCGCGCGGGGGUACAUCUGUGAACUGUACCAAGGCCACUUCAAAUUGCCCGAGUUGGGCCCCAUUGGUUCCAAUGGCCUGGCCAAUGCGCGCGACUUCCAGACACCGGUGGCUGAUUUCAUCGAGGACUACGAGAACACCGAGUGGACACUGUACGGCAAAUUCGGGGGCAACCUCUUCUCGGCCAAACAAUCUCACACCCCAUUUGACAUUGUGGGUUGGCAUGGUACCUACUAUCCCUACAAGUAUGACUUGGGCCGGUUCAACCCCGUGGGCAGCAUCUCGUACGAUCAUCCUGACCCUUCGAUUUUCACCGUCCUGUCUGCCCCGUCACACCCUCAUGGAGCUGGAACGGCCGUGGUGGACUUUGUCAUCUUUCCCCCUCGAUGGCUGGUGGCCGAAAACACCUUCCGGCCUCCCUGGUACCAUCGCAACACCAUGUCCGAGUUCAUGGGGUUGAUUAUGGGUAACUAUGAUGCCAAGGGGGCUGGCAAGGGCGGAUUCCAGCCCGCGGGAGCGAGCUUACACAACACCAUGAGCGGGCAUGGACCAGACAUGCAGACAUUUGAGAAGGCGUCGACGAUGGAUUUGCCGCCGCAGAAAGUGGGCGAGGGUAGCAUGGCGUUCAUGUUUGAGAGUUGUUUGAUGGUUGGCGUCACCGAGUGGGGGUUGAAGACAUGCCAGAAAGUGCAAGAGACAUAUAAUGCCCAUUCCUGGGAACCAUUGAAGGUGCAUUUUAAGCGACCGGAAUCGUCGCAUGGCGGUAGCAACGGGGCCAAAAAGUCCAUGGCAUGA